CAGCGGCCGCCGGCUCCGCCCAGCGCUGGGAGGCCGCCACUCGCCGGGGCGUUUCCUUUCCGCUCCGCCCCUUGUGGUUUGUUUAUAACCCGUCGAAGGAACGGCCGCCAAUAGCAUCCACGGUCGCUAAAUUGAGUGGUUGGGAAGAACCAAUGACGGCGCGGCUUACAGGGUGUGAGAGUGAAGAUGCACUCCGAGGGAGCCGUCAAGAUGCCUGGAGAAACUGGCCACAGACGUUACAUUGACGGAUCGGAGAGGAGUCGGUGCAGUGCUCGUGUUGAAAACCAGCGCGUGAGUGCUGUCCCCGCCGCUGUCCGCCGCCUCCGCCGCCGCCGCUCCACCAUGUCGCUGAACACAUUAGCGUGAACAUAACUGUGCCGCGCCGUCCCUCCUCUGCUGCCAACGAAGGACAAUGAAAAAUCGCACGGAGGACGGAUCGGUAAAGCGCCCCGUCCCCUGUGAUGAGCUGCGGUGUCCCAAGCUGCCGCGCCUCGACUCCGAGGACUCCCUGGACACCCACGGCACCGCUCUGCUGGACCUGCCCGACGCGGUCUCCUACGAGAGCCAGUCACCCGUAGACCUCUCCGGCGAGGCCAGCCUCGGCCUCCCCGACGUCCCCACCGCCGCCACAGGCACCACCACCGCCGCCGCCGCCACCGCCGUCACCGCCGCCUCGGGCCUGGCGCCGCCUGUCCUCAAAAUCCCCUCCACCAUGAAGUGUCUGACGACCUUUGACCUGCCAGGUAAGGCUGACCUCCACCAGCUGCUGACCAACAACCUCGCUCAGCACUUGGCGGUGCAGAACGAGCGACUAAAGAGUAAUCUGCUGUUCGGCCACAACCACACCGGAUUAUUGAGGCCGCCGCCCCCUGCCCCCCCAGGCCCGCCCUGCCCCCUACGGGACCCUGCCCCCCUGCCCCGCGAACCACAGGACGCCGCCGCCUCACGGGAUGCGACGCGGCCCGCGGAGGACGAGGCGACGCGGGAACACGAGAGAAAGACCACCAAGGACGUGGAGGACAAACACGCCGAGGAAGCCCACGAGGAGGGCGAGGGCGGCGCCCCCCACCGCGUCACGCCCUUCUCCGUGCUGGACAUUCUCGAUCCCCACAAGUUCACGGGCAGGACGGCCGAGGACGACAUGGGCGACUCAUCCUCGGACCGUCAAGACGAGGACGACGCCUACAUCUCAGUGUGCUCAGACUCUGGCGACGAAGGCGACGGCCGGGGUGGCUCCAAGAACAAAAGUAGCCGCUCUGGGGCGCAUCGCAAGGGGGGAGGCGGCCCCGGGGGCGGGUCAGGCGGCGGCAAGCCCCGGCGGGCGCGCACGGCCUUCACCUACGAGCAGCUGGUGUCGCUGGAGAACAAGUUCAAACAAACCCGCUAUCUGAGUGUGUGCGAGAGGCUCAACCUGGCGCUGGCCCUCAACCUCACCGAGACGCAGGUCAAGAUAUGGUUCCAGAACCGACGCACCAAGUGGAAGAAGCAGAACCCGGGCUGCGACGUGAACACGCCCACGCAGCCCCCCAGCCCGCCCAUCUCUACCUACCCCGGGAGUCUACUGCACCCCCCGCCGCCCCCCCUCCUCUGUCCCGCCCCGCUGUCUUUCAGAGGACCCCUGCCCCCCCACACACCCCUCGCCGCCCUCUACCUGCACCACCUCGCCCGCUGACGCCUGCCCCCCCCUCCCUAGUCUGUUGCCUCACGAUAAAAGUAUAUUUUCCAACAGCCUUCACUCCUGUUCUUAAGAGAAAGAUAUUUUAUGCUCUGUGAGUAUAGAUUCUCCGAACGACUUUCUUUCGUCUCACGCGUCAACAACGGUAAUUGUUUUCUGCUCAAAGACACACUGGCCGUCGGGGCGGCGGGUUUUCUCCGCCGCCCUGCCUCUCGAUGCCGCCUCCUCCUCCUCUUUCAUCUCUAUUCCUCUAUAUCCUCAUUAAUCCUUCUCGCCCCCUCCCCCCACCCGGCACUCCGCCUCUCCUUACACACACACUGUCUCGCGGCGUCGGGCUUCUGCACCUCACCUCUCAGUCUCAUCGUCCUCCUUUUCCCCACUAAGUCCCCUCGACGCCCUUUCCUCCCCCGCCCCUCUUCAGCACUACCUCUUGCCGCCGUCCUGGCCAGUGCAGGACGCAGCCAGGACUCAGCUUCCCCGGGGCGGCAGCACCGUCCAGCUGGCACGCGUGUUCGGCGCCACGCACGUGUCCCGCGGCGCCCGCUGGACAAGGUGGACACGUUUGGACACAUAUCUGACUCAUGCUUUACCUAUACUGAUACACAGAUACCUAACCUUAUACAUAUUGCAGUUAUUGGUCUCGAUAUUAUUUAUGACGGAAGAUAUAUCAGUUAUAUACUUGUAAAAACAAAUAUAAAGCUGUAAAUGAUGUACAAAGUAGAGUUAAGGCAGACUGUGUGCGGCCGCCGAGCCCUCCAUGUUCUCUCCACGUUCCUGUGUACAGAAGA